AUGUUUGAAAACGCCAUCGACAUGGCUACAGGUGAAUAUUCGUACGAUGCGUACGUUCUAGUUCUAAAAUUAUGGGAAAUUGUAUUUCUGAGAGGUUUCUCUGAUCUGAAUCUUCAACGGAAAUUGAUCCAUUCUAAGCUGAAAGUGCUCCAUUUGAUGAUGAACAACGGCGAAUAUAAACCUUAUGAGACGUUAAUACGUCCCGUGUAUACCAUGGGCCACUUGGGUGCGAAACCCUCUUGGACGGAUACGCUCAUUUCCACAUUCCAGUUUUCUCGAGAUGGAGAUCGUCUCAGAUACAGCAGACAGUCCAUCCUCACGUUUUUAAAGAGCGAUAGAAGUCUCGAAGAAAAGAGACUUCUCAUAUCAAUAUUCUUGCGUAAGUGCUUGCUUUACAGCGAAUCGCCGUCCGUGCUUCCUGGCGUGUUACGAGAUUUCCUCGCUUUCUUAGACCAAAUUGGAGAUGGCCACCUUCUAUUCAACACUUCUGAAUACUCAACAUACGAAAGCGCUCUCCGCAUGAUCAUCGCGCCAUACGACUUCGGCACAACCAUGGAAACCAUUGAGAAUGUAGUUAUGGAAACUACUGAAAGCAAAAAUUCGUUCUCUCGGUUUAUUUCCUCCAUCAUGUUUUCAAUUUCGACCUCAGACCCAGAGAGAGCCGUGACUUUGUGGAACUACAAAACGGAAAAGCUCAACACGAACAUGCUUGAGUACAGAGACCACAACGACUUGCGAAGUGUCAUGAAUGCAUAUUUAUCCCUCAAAGCAUUUGACAGGGUCUGGAAAGUCCAUUCCGAGAAUACCUUGCUACACCAUGAUGAUCAAAUCGAUAUUUUAUUAAGGGUUAGCGAGCAAACAAGAGAUUGGAAGCUUCUUCAAAAACAAUUCGAAGACAUGUACGGCCACAACCAAUUGCCACAUGUGGUCCAUUACGCUAUUGUGAUGAGUGCGUUGGCAUCAUUGGGUGUUUUGAAAGAAGUCGAGCAGCUCUACCAACAAAUCUUGAAGAGAAACCUUCAGCCGACCGCAGAAAUUUUUUCAGCCUUGAUUUUGGCCAAUUCUAACACAGGCAACGUUGAAGGUGCCAGAAAAUGGUACGAUACCUUUUUGAAAGCCGUGGAGGAAGGCAUUAUCUCCGAAAAGAAAAUUGCUGGCCUUCAGACGAAGCUUGUUGAAGCAGACAUUUUGGAUAAAGAUGUCGGAACCACCCUAGAAACAUUCAGAAACAUUCUUGAAUCACAAGAAAGCUCAGGAAAGCAGCUCGUGGACUCUGAACUAGUAUGCAAAAUGCUAGCUUAUCUCACAAUGACCUAUCGAGAAAUAGAGUUCAACGAGGUGUUAGAUAUGGCCAGAAAGUACCUGUUGAUCAACGAGCAAGUGUAUUGCAGGACAGUCAGUUCGCUCACGCAGUUUGGCCAGUAUGAGAGAGCCGAUGAGCUUGCAUUUGAAGCCCAUCUGGAGUCAGUUGUCCCGUUUGCCAGUGCAGCAGUGACUCGGGUUCAAUUUAGAAACUACCGGGCGUGGUACAAGAGCACGUCGAACAGAGAAAUUCGCCGAUAUCUCGCCGACCGUGUAACUAACAUCAUCAAGAGAGUUGAUGCGAAGAAAAUAAGUCCCCGCGACAUGGACCAUUUGUUGGUGGAUAUCAUCAAGCAUUACGUAUCGUUGAACAAGUUACGGGCAGCUGGAAGUUAUUUCGAGAGAGUCAGGAAGAUGCAUCGUCUCACCGAAGAACAUUAUUUGCCAUUCCUCGAGCACAAUGCUUCGCUCAAUACCUAUGAGGGAUACGCUCAGAUCUUGGAAAAAUAUAGAGAAAUGGCGAAGCUCAAGGUAUCCAUUAGUGCAAGGACUUAUUUGUACUUAAUACGAGCCUUGCUACACAUGGAUAAAGUGAAUCAUACCGGGUUCGAGAAUUCAUACAAGUUGCUUGAGUCAGUAUUCGAGCUUUACGGAAUGUCCACGGUUGACAAUAUCGCUGGUAGCAACAUCGCAAUGGCAGACCUUUCUCGGAAUUCUCCAACUUUGCUCCGCAUUAUUUCGGAGUACUCAGUGGCCACGACUGGACACUCUGACAAGGGAAUGGUGCUUGCAGUGAAGUUCUUGAACCAGAUUAAGGAGAAAUUAGGAAAGCGAAUUAGCCCCGAGCUUCGUAUGGCCAUUCUUCAGGAAAUGAGCAAGAUAUACUUUGCUAGAGGAGAUUUUCAAGGAGCACACGAUCUUUUAAAUAAUGCUAUGAGCGAGAUCAACAGCAUGAUCGAUCAAGACAACGGAUCUACGUCGUCAAAGGUUCUACAAAUCAAGUAUAGACAACUUGCCUCGCUUCUUCUUCGUGUUUUUCAACAAAUCGACGCAAAACCAUCAUCAUAUCACCAGGUUUUAGAGCAGACGCUCCAAAGGAACGUCAGGCUUUCAGGAAAACAAUAUAGCGAGAUUUCGCUCGAGGUGCUCAAGAUGAAGACGCCAAGGAGUCUUGAUCGCGUUUUGGAAGCUUGCGAAAGGUAUCUUGUAAGUGGAAACUGGAUCGAAAUCAAAAUCCGAAGAAAAAUCCAAUACAUUUACAAGCUCUUCGUGGUAUACUUGAGCCGAACCUUGUCGCGUGAGACUAUUGCCAGCAAAUACCAAAUCCUUAACGAGUAUUACAACACUUGUGACUUGGAUCUGGUGAUCGACGAAUUCAAGCACAUCAGAGACCCAUUGGGCAUGCUUUCUCAAGAGGUGGAGGCCUUCAAUGGACUCAAUCCAGGGGAAACUUGGACUACGGGCCAACUUCUCCGAGACCUUCCUCGGUUUUUUAUUCCUGAAAGGAAAAUUCCAACUGCAAACAUCAUCACACCCACUUUAGCAUCAGCACUAUUCAACAGCAUCGAGACACACUGUGGUGGAAACAGGGAGCCCGCAUUCUCACUCUAUGACCACUUCCCAGAAUCCAUGGAGUAUCUCUUAUACUUUGGAGACGAGCGGACACGGACGGUGGCAUUCAGAAAGAAAAUUGACAAGCUUGUUCCGCCAUCCAAGUCGACCCAUAAAGAAGACAGCAAUUCACGACGGGAGCGUGCGCUUGAGGCACUUGACCACUUGCGUAUUACCACGUCAGACAUUGACAGCAUUUAA